GGGGCGCGGCGCUGACGGCGGCCGGCGGAGCGCGCCAUGCCCAGCAGGACGGGCCCCAAGAUGGACGGGAGCGGCGGCCGCGUCCGCCUGAAGGCGCACUACAACGGGGACAUCCUGAUCACCAGCCUGGACUCGGCCACCACCUUCGACGAGCUCUGUGAGGAGGUGAGGGAGAUGUGCCGUCUGCACCAGGGCCACCCGCUCACCCUCAAGUGGGUGGACAGUGAAGGUGACCCCUGCACUGUGUCCUCCCAGAUGGAGCUGGAGGAGGCCUUCCGCUUGUCCUGUCAGCACAGGGACGAAGGUCUCAUCAUUCACGUUUUCCCCAGCAUCCCCGAGGAGCCAGGCAUGCCCUGUCCGGGAGAAGACAAAUCCAUCUACCGCCGGGGAGCCAGAAGAUGGAGGAAGCUGUACCGCGCCAACGGCCACCUCUUCCAAGCCAAGCGCUUUAACAGGAGAGCGUACUGCGGCCAGUGCAGCGAAAGGAUAUGGGGGCUCGCGAGGCAGGGCUACAGGUGCAUCAGCUGCAGACUGCUGGUCCAUAAGCGCUGCCACGCGCUCGUCCCGCUGCCCUGCAGAAGGCAUAUGGAUUCUGUCAUGCCCUCCCAGGAGCCUGCAGUGGACAAGAACGACGGCGUGGACCUUCCUUCCGAGGAGACCGAUGGAAUUGCUUAUAUUUCUUCAACCCGGAAACAUGACAGCAUUAAAGAUGCUUCUGAGGACCUCAAGCCGGUUAUCGACGGCAUGGAUGGAAUCAAAAUCUCUCAGGGGCUCGGGCUGCAGGACUUCGACCUGAUCCGGGUCAUCGGGCGCGGGAGCUACGCCAAGGUGCUGCUGGUGCGGUUGAAGAAGAACGACCAGGUGUACGCCAUGAAGGUGGUCAAGAAGGAGUUGGUCCACGACGACGAGGACAUCGACUGGGUGCAGACGGAGAAGCACGUGUUCGAGCAGGCGUCCAGCAGCCCUUUCCUGGUCGGCCUGCACUCCUGCUUCCAGACCACAAGCCGGUUGUUUCUGGUCAUCGAGUACGUGAACGGGGGCGACCUCAUGUUCCACAUGCAGAGGCAGAGGAAGCUUCCUGAGGAGCACGCCAGGUUCUACGCCGCGGAGAUCUGCAUUGCGCUCAACUUCUUACACGAGAGAGGGAUUAUCUACCGGGACCUGAAGCUGGACAACGUCCUGCUCGACGCUGACGGCCACAUCAAGCUGACGGACUAUGGCAUGUGCAAGGAAGGCCUGGGCCCCGGAGACACGACGAGCACUUUCUGCGGCACCCCGAAUUACAUCGCCCCAGAGAUCCUGCGGGGGGAGGAGUACGGGUUCAGCGUGGACUGGUGGGCCCUGGGUGUCCUGAUGUUCGAGAUGAUGGCCGGCCGCUCCCCCUUCGACAUCAUCACUGACAACCCCGACAUGAACACUGAGGACUACCUUUUCCAAGUCAUCCUGGAGAAGCCCAUCCGGAUUCCCCGCUUCCUCUCGGUCAAGGCAUCCCACGUCUUGAAAGGAUUUCUAAACAAGGACCCGAAGGAGAGGCUCGGCUGCCGGCCACAGACUGGAUUUUCCGACAUCAAGUCUCACGCCUUCUUCCGCAGCAUAGACUGGGACCUGCUGGGGAAGAAGCAGGCGCUCCCGCCCUUCCAGCCACAGAUCACCGACGACUACGGUCUGGACAACUUCGACACGCAGUUCACCAGCGAGCCGGUGCAGCUGACUCCCGACGACGAGGAUGUGAUCAAGAGGAUCGACCAGUCGGAGUUCGAAGGGUUUGAGUACAUCAACCCGCUGCUGCUGUCCACCGAGGAGUCCGUGUGAGGCGUCCGUGUUCUCCGUCGUGGACACGUCCGUGAAUGGCCCCUGACUCUGUCCUUAACCACAGCGUAUGCAUGCCAGGCUGGGCACGAGGCCCGGGCGCGGCCAGGAGGACUCGCCCCCGGGCCCGGACCACGGAGGGGCUGCGGGGCGGAGCAGCCCCUCGUCCGGAUCGCGCGCCGCCUCGUGCUGGAGGAAUUCGCUUCUCGUGCCUGCGCCGCGGAGGACCCGCGGUGACGUGUGUGAGGGAGAAACUGUCCCCCGAUUUCGAAGGUGCACACUUCCCACAGAAACAGAACUGACCUGCUCCACCGGGAGAGCUAGCCUGUAAUGUCGUGAGGAAUAAAGUGUCCCGAUGCUGUCGAA